UGUAAGACAGUAGCUGAACGCGCGACAGCCUUGCGAAAGGCACUACUUUAGUUAAUUCCAUGCGCUCCAGUUCGGUUGACCUUACACUCUUCGAAACUCUUAGCGGCUCCUUCGAAAAUGCACAAACAGUAUAGAAUUGAAGAGCACUCAAAAUUUUUUUGUUGCAGCUACUGUUUCUCUGGUUACCAAUAUGCUGGUUCACAUGACCAGGACGCUUGCCUCUAGCUUUUGUUCGUCAAAGUCGCCAGAAGGAACGGUUGUAUAACUUCCUAUUACAUAUUGCUUUAAAUGGGUUGCGGCGCGUCUCGAAAUGUGACUGCUGUAACGGAGCAGCGGCAGCCGGUGUCGGGGACACCAGACCAACCGCCGGGUUUGGAGCACGCCUUGGCUGUGGCCGAGAAGGAGGCCAUCCCUGCCUCCGCAUUCGGCGCAGCCGCAGCUCCAGCAGAUGCCGCAGCCAAACCCGCCGCAGACUCCGCACCGUCCUCCUCAACCGCCCCAAACCGCCCCCGCCUCUUCACGGGAAGUCGCAGCCUAGAGGAGCAAUUCACGGACGAGCAGCUGCGGCUGUGGAAUGUCACUAAGCUGCUGCAGCGACUGGCGGCGGCGGCGGCGGACGACCCGGCGGGCCCCUCGCUGCCCGCCUCGCCCGCCGCCGGCUCGGGAGCGCGCGCCGCCAGCCACCUGGCUCGCCGCGCGGUGGGUGCGGAUGCGGGGUCAGUAGCAGCUGGGGGCGGCUCGGAGGGCGGUGGUGUGGGCGGAGGUGGUUUGGGCGAGCAGGAGGUUGCUGCCAACGCUCGGCGGCAGGUCAGCGAGUGCGCCGUGUCUCUGGAGUUCCUGCUGGAGUUCGCCCGGGAGAUCCCGGACGAGUGGCGCACGGGUCAGGUGGUUCAGGAGCUGGUCAAGGGCUUCACGGUGGGGCGCCAGAGCCGCUUCACGGACCUGAUGCCCACCCGCCACGUGAAGCGCCCCGACUACUUCAUCAGCCACAAGUGGGACAGCCCCUUCCACUACCUGGUGCGAUCCGUGAGGGACUACCUCAGCGGAGCGGUGCCGGGGGAGGUGUACGUGUGGCUCGACAUAUUCGCUGUCAACCAGCACCCGGGCCAGGAGCAGCAGGACGACUUAGCGCAGCUCAACAACGCCAUCUCCAUUGCCAGCGGAGGCACGUUGGUUGUAUUGGACCACGAGGCGGGUCCGCUGGGCCGCGUGUGGUGCCUGUUUGAGAUCUGGAUCACAGUGCGUGAGAAGGGAUUGGGCUCGCUGCACUUGCUGACGUACGGUUUCACCAACAGCGACAUCCGGGACUGUUUCCAGGCGAUUGAUGUGAAGACCGCAAAAGCCACCAACGAAGAUGACCGACAGCGAAUCCUCAAGUACAUAGAACGCUCGUACGAAUCCCUGGAUGAAUUCAAUGAAAUGCUCAAGCUGCUGUUCUUGCUGGACCCGCUGGACUACUCUUCCGACAUGAAGGAGAUGCUGCGCAGCAUCACCUUCACGGCAAACGCGGCCGCUCGUGGCGCCUCCUUGACCGGCGCCCCCGAGGGCAGCGCUGGCGGCGCCGGUGGCGGCGGGGAUUACAGCGGCCUAGACCCACUCAAGACCUCCGCCGCCAUGCAAGCUGCGGCCGCCUCCGCCGCCGCGCAGGUGGCAGCGGCGCGCGACGCCUGGCGCAUGCAUACCGUGGUCGAGCGCAUUCGCGGCAUGGAUCCCACGGCCUUCCAGAAGGACAGCCGCACUGCCGGCGGUCGCGCCGUGUCGGGGCCCAGCCUGAUGAUCGUGUACGGCGUGGUGGGCAGCGGCAAGUCCACCUUCUCAGCCUCGCUGGCCAGGAUAGCGCAGGAGCGGAGGGAGAGGGAAAACAGGAGGAUGAUGGGAAUACCGCCAGGCGACGAUCCCAUGUCAGCGUUGGAGUUGCCCGAGGUCCAAGUGGAUGCGUUGCACUUUUGCAAGCAGAGCGACCGGCGCCGAACAGACCCUCUCCGCAUGCUCAAGUCCCUGGCCUACCAGCUCGCCACCAACGUGCCCGAAAUGCGCCCCAUCUACACCUCCAUGCCCUCCGAGUCCGUGUCCAAGAUCUCCCGGCUGGAGGAGGCGUUCAUGGAGCUGCUGCAGCGACCCAUUCAGGACUACCUGGAGGGCAGCCAGCUGCCGAGCGGAGCCGCGGCGGCGGGCAGGACGGAGCCCAACAAGGGCAGGGACGGACGCGGUCGCUCCAAGCAGCUGGUGUUGAUGAUCGACGGAGUGGAUGAGGCGGACGGGCGCGCGGGCUCCCUGGACAAUAACAUCCUGCGACUGCUGCGGGAGCACUUCCCCAAGCUGCACCCGGCCGUGCACAUCAUUGUCAGCUGCCGCAACACGUUCAAGGGAGACGAUGCGCUGGCUGGCCUCAGGGGCCGCUACGACAAGGCGCGUACGACGGUGUACGAGGGUGCCAGCGAGCUGCGGCAGAACGACCAUGUGCGCAAACUGCUUGAGGUGAACCUGCACCCGCCGGCCUGCCGGCUGGACCCCAGCCAGUGCUCCAUGCAUGACCCGGACACGCUGCGGGCUGCCGUGAAGGCGGUCACUGACAAGAGCCGCGACAGCAUGGUAUACAUCAAGGUGGUGCUGGAGCACAUGUCUGCGGUAGUCAAGGAGCAAGUCAAGCGGCAACGCGAGGAGAAGGCGGUGCUUGACAACAUCAAGGCGGUGUCAGACCUCAACGCAUUCAUGGCGGCAGCGGCCCUUCAACAGCAACAGCGGCAGCAAUCGGGGGGAGCCAACGUCUUCAUGGUGGCGCCGCCCGUGGGAGACCGCGCUGCCGCACCGCACUCUGGCCACAGCAGCUCAGCCGCCACACCUGCGGAUGUUGAGGCUACGGCGGCCGCCCUGGGCGCCAACAUAAAGUCGCUUGUGGCUUCUCGGAUGAGCGAGCUGGCGGCUGGGGGCAGCCAGGCGCUUGCAGCUCUGGACCAGGAGCUACAGGAGAUGAUCCGAGGGCGCUUCCAGGGGCCGUCCUUCACACCACAGGAGCUGGCGGCAUCUGCUAACAAGGUGUCCACGACAUGGACGUCCCUGCCGAUGCAACGAAACAUGAGCAGAAGUGUGGCAGCACUCGCCCGUCGCGGACCCAGCAUCCUGGCCAGUGUCGGUGGCGGGGCGGGACCCAGUGGUGUGGACUCGCUAGGAGGGGCGGCUGGAGGCGGCGCCGGAAGGGGGGUUGUGGGCGGCGUUGGCAUGAGUCCGCUGGAUUCCAGCGCGGAGGAUGACUUCCGGUGGAACUGGCAGGACAUCAAGAACCUGCCUAACGGGCUGGACGCAGCGUAUCGCCAGAUCUUCAUCAAGUGCUUCCAGAAGUUGGCCCCGCAGUCACACGCGCAGGUCAUGAAGCUGCUGCAGGUCCUUCUUGCAGCUCGUGAGCCGCUGACUCGCAACCAGCUUCAGACCCUGCACCUGGUGUCCAGCCCGCACGACCUGCAAAAGCUGCCCGGAUGGGGUGUGCUGUUCUACGAGCGGGAAUACAUGGUUUUCCACAUGCAUAAAUCGCUCUUCGAGUUCCUCUCCAACAAGGAGGAGGCCGGUCCCUUCUUUGUGGACGCCCAACGCGGUCACAAGCUGAUCGCCGCGCAGCUGUUCAAGGAGAUCAUGGUGGCGCCCUCAGCAGCGGCGGUGGCCUCCAGCGCGGCGUCCGUCAUAAACGGGGGAGCAGCAGGCGGCGACCCCAUGGCGGCAAGCGCCGUGAGCCAGUACACGCUGCGCUACGCCGUGACGCACCUGGCGCUGGCGGACAUGCUGGAGGAGCUGAGCCAGCUGCUGCUCAACUUCGACUUCUGGGAAACCAUAUUUGAAAAGGGUCUGGGUCUGGAGGUGUUGGGCGACCUGAUCCACAUCCGCGGAUGGGAGCUGCCAAAGGACUUCAUUGCCUCUGCUGACGUGGUUGCCGCCUCCUCCACGGUGGUCUCACACGUCAUUCGCUGGCUGCAGCGGGACGGGGCCAUGCUCAAGCAGUACCCGAAGGCCGUGUUGCAGCUGGCCACCGACACCCCGGUGAACAGCCUGGUGUCCAAGGCGGCGCUCAGCUACCACCGCCACCCGCACGCGCACCUGGUCAACAAGGACGCGGGCUGGCCCUCCAACCUCAUGACGCUGGAGAACAGCGUGCACAGAACCAACUCGGUGGCGUUCCUACCCAAGGAGGACGGCGGCAGCAGUCUGCGCCUGGUGACGGGCGCGGACGAUGGCGUGGUUCGCGUGUGGGACAUGCGCUCGGGGGACCUGCUGUUCGCAAUGCAGCCGCCCAUACAGGCGUACCAGGGCUUGCCUCCCGCGGUCAAGUGCAUUGCCGUUGCCUCCAUGCACAACGGGACCACCCAGAUUGCCAGCGCUGGCAAGGACUCUGCAGUCCGGCUGUGGAACAUCAAGACGGGUCAGCAGUUCGCUGACCUGGGCAAGUCCAACAGCGCCAUCACCGGCACCGUGCGCGCGCUGGCGGUGUCACCGGACGGCCGCAUCAUUCUGUCAGCGGGAGACGACCUGGCGCUCAGGGUUUGGACGCCGGGAGGCACGUCACGUGACGCUGGCGCGCGGCUGACAGAUGAGGGCGAUGUGGAGCUGGCGCCUGCGGGCGCCGCCGCCGCCCCAGCUGCGGUGGAGGAUGCAGAGGAGGAUCCCUCCAAGAUGUGGGCUUCACCGGUCGUCACCAUCAUCCAGGAUAAGCCACACAAGAAGGUCAUUCGCUGCAUCGCCUUCAGCAUCGACGGACAACUGUUUGCCACCGGCUCUGAUGACGACGCCAGCACCAACGCCGUGGCGCUGUGUCUGUGGGAGACGGAGGGCUUCAAGCUGCGCGCCAUCCUGCGCGGCCACAUCAGCAGCGUCAAGUGCGUCGCAUUCACCACCCGCCCCGUCAGCAUCUCGGGCGCCCACUCCGCCGCCGCCUCCUCACCCACUGCAGCGCCGCAGCACCUGCUGGCCUCGGGGUCCGCUGAUAGGACUGUUCGCCUCUGGUACACCCGGCCUCCCGCCGGCAGCAGCAGCCCCGAUGGCAGCAGCGCCCCCGGCUCCGAGGAGCACUGGGCGGUCCCCAACCAGAAGCUGCAGGGCCACACCGCCUGCGUGCGCGCGGUGGCGUUCAGCCCCGACGGCAUCAAGAUGGCCUCCGCGGGCGAGGACUGCAGCGUGCGGCUGUGGGGCGUGGUGUCUCGGCAGCAGCUGGCGGUGUUCCACGGGCACAGCGGCGCGGUGGUGAGCCUGUCCUUCGAUUGCCCGGACGGCAUGGUGCUGGCGAGCUGCUCCGACACGGAGGUGCGGCUGUGGGACACAAACAACUACCCGCAGGUGACGGUCAUGCACGGCCAUGAGAGCGGAGUCAACACGAUUGCCUUCACCUCUGACGGCAAGUUCCUCGCCUCGGGGAGUGAUGACGCCGGCUUGACCAUUUGGAAGGACUGCGGCGAGAAUAAGUGGAUCAAGUGCAAGACCAUCUCCCGCGACGCAACGGGCAAGCUGGGCCACAGCGGCAGCAUCAUCGCCCUCGACUUCAGCCCCGUGGAUGACGACGGCAGUGGCUGCCUGCUGAACAGCCGCGGCUCGUACCUGCUGGCAACCGCCUCGGCGGACAAGACCAUCCGGUUGUGGCUAAUCCAGGAGAGCAUUAAGCUUACAGGUGAACAGGCCAAGGCCGUCACCAACUUCACCAAUGCACUGCGACGCAAGGGCAAGCUGGCCGGUCCAGAAACAAAUUUGGAGGAGCGCAAUUUAGACCCGGAGGGGCGCUUCCUGCAAAUGGAGCUGCUGAGUGUGGUACAAGGCCAUGACGGAAGCGUCCGUGCCAUCAGCUUCUCUGCCGAUGGAACGCUGCUGGCGACGGGAAGCAACGAUCGAACCGUUCGGCUGUGGACCGUCCCCAAGACCCCCGGUGACCCCGUCGCACCCUUCCUAGUGCUUUCGGGCCACACCGACGUGAUCCGCUGCGUUGCCUUCAGCCCAGUCGCCUCCAGCCGCCUGAUGGCCUCCGCCAGCGAGGACCGCACCGUGCGGCUGUGGCACGUGGCGCCCGCGGGGCAGGGCGCCAGCCGCCUGCACCGGGAGCUGAGGGGACACGACUCCUGGGUCAUCUGCUGCGCCUUCAGCAGCCACGGACAGAGGGUGGCGACCGCGUCGCUGGACAAGACGGUGCGCAUCUGGAGUGUGGCCACGGGCGAGCAGCAGCUGGUCCUGCACGGCCACUCCAGCGGUGUCACCAGCGUGGCCUUCUCGCCCGACUCCAUGACGCUGGUGUCGGGCGGCGCGGACGACAGCGUACGGCAGUGGAACGCGCGCACGGGGCAGCAGCUGGCCAUGAUGCAGGGGCACAUCGGGCAGAUCGCGGCGGUGGCGUACUCGCCCACUGGGCACGCGGUGGGGUCGGGCGCGGCGGACGCCACCGUGAGGCUGUGGGAUGCAACGCGGGGGCAGCAGGUCGCAGGGGUGCAGGGCGACGCGGGCAGCUUCCAGACAAUCGCCAUCUCUCCAGAUGACAAGCUCGUAUCCAGCAGCGCUGACGAUAACGUCAUUCGGCUGUGGGACAUGAGCACCGGGAAGCAGCAUGCAGUGCUGCAGGGUCACACCAGCUGGAUUGUGGCCAUCUGCUUUGGCUACCAGGACUGCGACACGGAUGGGGACCCCCACCUCAUGCUCGCUAGCUGCUCUGACGACUGCAGCAUCCGCGUAUGGGACUGCGAGACGUCUGAAUGCGUGCGGGAGCUUCGAGGCCACACCGGCAGCGUGCGAGCAGUGGCCUGGGAGAGCCUCAAGUGGAACCACAUCGCCUCUGCGGGUAACGAUUACACCGUCCGACUCUGGAACGUGCCCCGUGGAUCCCAGGUGGACCUGUACAAGGGGCACACUGACGUGAUCCGCUCGCUGGCCUUCAGCCCCGACGGCCUGCUGCUGGCCUCCAGCGCCGAGGACACCACCAUCCGCCUCUACCACGUGGGACACAUCACGGGCAGCGACGCGGAACGACCCGAGUGGCUGCCCGAGCUGCCGGGAUCGGGAGUGGUGCUGCGGGGCCACGAAAGUUGGGUCCUGUCCGUGGCAUUUGGACCUCGGAAAGAGAAGACGGAGAACCGCAUGCUCGUCAGCGGCUCAUGGGACAACACGGUGCGACUAUGGUCGCUGCCGGCUGAGGGCAAGACCGAGCCCAGCUGCGUGGCCAUUCUGCGGGGCCACACGGCGCGCAUCAACAGCGUGGCAGUCAGCAUGUUCGCAGGGCACGAGGUCAUCGCCAGCGCCUCCAACGACUCCACCAUCUGGCUCUGGAGCCGCUCCAGCCGCCUCGAGCUGCCGGAGGGGCAUUGCGGCUGGGAGGCUGUGGCCAAGAUUCGCGGGCACGCGGGGCAUGUGAACGCAGUGGCCUUCAACUCCAAGGGCAGCCGCCUGGCGUCGGCAUCGGAGGAUGAGACCGUACGGCUGUGGGACAUCAUGCCGACCAACUCUCCAGACCAGCUAGACGCCGUACAGGCCCGCGACUUCAAGGGCAUCCAGGGCACCAUCACCGUGCUCUCCAUGUCGCCCGACGGCCAGCUGCUUGCGUCCGGCAGCGACGACCACACGCUGCGGCUGUGGAGCACCCGCUCCAACCAGCAGCUCAUGGUGCUGCAGGGGCACGGCAGCGCAGUCAGCGCGCUGGCCUUCGACGAUGAGGGCGCGCUGCUGGCGUCGGGCUCCGUGUGCGGCAGCGUGCUGCUGUGGGCCAAGGAGCCGGCGGGGGCGGGCAGCAGGGAGGGGUGGAGCCAGGUGGCCAAGCUAGACCUGGCGCUGCAGGUACCCGAUGCCGCAGUCAGCGCGCUGGCCCUCACACACCACACGCCCGCCGCCACCCUCGCCGCCAGCUCACGUCCCUCCUACACAGCAACAGCCGGCGGAGACCUGACCUCUUGUUUCCCGCCAGCCGCCAGCCAGGCCUUCGGUGGCAGCAGCACCACCGCUGCUGCUGGCAUUGCUGGGGCUAGCGCCGCUGAUGCCACAAAGCUACUGCUCGCAUGUGGCACCCGCCCGCGGGAGCUGCAGGAGCGGGGGUUGUUAUCCGGCGGUGGGGGUGGCAUGCAGGGCGCUGGUGGGGGAAUGUACGGCAGAGCUCGGGGCGGUUCGACGGGGCGAGCUACGGGACGGAGGACGGGCGGUCGCGGAGGCGGCGUGGGGGCGGGCAAUGGAGACGAUGACUUCUUCGGUGGACGCCUGAUUUCCAGCAGUCUCACGCUUUGGGAUGUUGAGGCGCUGCGGCGGCAGGGCCUGCAGCCCUCCCACCUGCGCACCUGCAAGCCCUUCAAGACACUCAAGUGUCAGUCGGCCAUCAGCUGCACCGUCUUCAGCAGCAGCGGAGACAUGCUGGCAUCCGCCAGCUUUGAUAACGUGGUGUACCUGUGGCGUCCCUCCCAGCAAAGCCCGUUGGCGCGCAUGUGCCACCCCUCGGCGCCUGAUCUGGCAACCUCGCUGUGCUUCACGCAGGAUGGUACGAUGCUGGUAGCUGCUUGCCGCUUCAGCGAACGGAUUGAUGUGUACGACGUACAAAAGGCCUGCACCUCCAAGGAGGGCUCCGUGACCCCGCCGCUGCCCCUGGGCGAGCUGGACGGCAGCGGGCUGGAGGGCUGCGCGGUGGCCCCGUGUGACCACCUGGGGGACGGCACCGCGGAGCGACAGCUCAUCGUGAGCCGCAGCGGCUACAAGAACCAGGCCAUGCACCUGCAGGUGCUGGAGCUGCCGGCAGCGGAGGACAGCGGCGGGGCGGCCAGCAGGGAGGAGGAGGCGGGCGCGGCUGCGGGGGCCCAGCAGAGACCGCAGCAACAGGGGGCGGCAGCGGGUGCGGCGAUUGCGGCUGUUUCCUCUCCCUCGUCCAUUUCGCUGUCCUCGCUGGCCCCUCGUGAGGUGGCCAACGUGUACACCACCAUGCCCAUCCAGCAGAUCGCGUGCUUCGAGGACCUGCUGGUGGUCACCAACGGCAGAUCUAUAGACUUUUACAGGCUGGGAGGCGGAGCGAUGGGGUGAGAGGAGGAGGUGGGGUGGAGGCGGGCGAGGGUUGGGUGUGUUCGGGCAAGCUUUAGGUUUUACGCAGGGGCGUGGGGCUUGCGAUGAUGGGUUGCUUGAAUGGAUGACCUUUACAGUGGUCCUUAAGGAAUUGGGCUGCUUGUUGUGAGGUGGCGUGCUUGUGUAUGUAAUUGUGGGGGCAAUGGGUACGACUUGUGGUGGUCAUCUCUGAUUCCGUACUCCAGACUGGUGACAUUCCUUGAGACGAACGGCCCUUCGAUGUUUCUGUAUGUAAUAGUAAUGAAUGGUUGUGAACAAACGUUUUGCAGCGAGAUUGUAUUUAGGCGUGUGAGCCCUGACAACACUGAAGGACCUUGAAAUCCGCUCUGCACGCAUUGCCCAAAGAUGAUCUCGUAAUCCGUACUAACUUAACGAGUUAGAUCACAGUGAUUUAAUAAUGGGCUAUGAUGUGGCUUAAAGACUGUUUAUUAUCAGAAUGGAACGGAUUUGGCUUGACUUGUGCUUAUAAUAUGGCGUGCAUGGUUUUACAUUGCCAAAUGUUGCAAAGUCUGUUGCCACUCGAUUUCAAGCAUGCACACAUGCCUGAGGCUUGAUGCAGUGCACCGUUGUAUUUAAAAUGUGCAUGUGUAACAAUUGUUGCGGACAAAGCGUAGCACAAACUUGUUCGUACUAGAGGGUAUACGUACGAUUCCGUGGCUGAGAUCUAUGGAUGCGUGCCAAACCGCAUC